UGAAACCAGUGCGUGUGAAGUGAUCAAGAACCGAAGACUGUGUUAAAUCAGCAUCGUGGUGCGCGAUAGCGCGCUUUAAUCGCCAUCCAACAUGACCCAUCACGUAGUGGAAUCCACCUCCGAACUGUCCGCCCUAAUGAAAGCCGGUGUCAUGGCUGGAUCCGACAGGGAUGCAGGCUUCUGCAGCGGAGGCGACGAGGACGACAUGUCUGGCCUGCACUCGCCGAGCGCCUCGGAGGACAGCGUGGAAGUGCAAGUGAUGCCGAUAUCCUUGAGAAACAAGAGGAAACUGGCCGAGCCAAGGAAGAUUCAGGAACCAAACACAGCCCCCCUGAAAAAGAGAAGAUUUGAGCAAAUCGAGGAGACGGUCGUGGCAGACGAAGAGGUACCCAGAACGGCGCGAUCGCCCAGUCCGUUUCGACCGUGGAGCAGUUCAAGAAAGAGCGUCGAUUCAAAAGUCUCGUCAUCGAUUCGAACGGAACAAGCUACAGUUGUGCAGUCGGAUACCUUGCCAUCGAAAACCCUAUCCUCUAUAGAGUCCACUGUCUCGAGUCGCGUUCGCGACAACGGCCACGAGGACGAUCGCAACCGUCUGAUCAUCGUCAAUGACACUCAGAGGAAACUCGAGGAAAGCUUCGAAUCUCGAAGCGAGUCACAACGUCGAGACGAUCUGCCAUCUAGACUGCGACAGUCCACGCAAAAUCGUCUACCUCGAACCGAAAGGCGGGAACCCUCCCGUCAGAACUUCGACUCAACGAUGGUCGCCAGCUUGACUUCGGCGCCCGUACCAUCCGUAACGUCGACAUCGACGCCUCGAUUACAGGAAGAACCCUUGGCACUCGUCCUGAGGGGAGAAAUAGGCACUAGGGUACCCUCCCAUCCAGCGGUAAACGGCAGCUACGAGAGAACGUGCUCGUACUCCGUGGAGCACGCCUCAUCGUCGUCCUCUUCCUCGUCCUCCUCUUCCUCGACGUCGUCUUCGUCGUCCUCCUUGCUACUCAACCGUCAAGAAAAUCAUCGAUCGGGCACGAAUGGUUGCAGUUCCUCUCAGACGAUGAUGACAACAUCAACAACGGCGGGCCCUCAAACUGGCCAUCCGAGGCAACAACAUACGGCUGCGGGUCAGCAAAGAAACUACAAGAACAUGACUCGCGAGAGGAGAAUAGAGGCGAACGCCAGAGAAAGAACGAGGGUGCACACGAUAAGCGCCGCGUUCGACACCCUUAGGCGUGCCAUUCCCGCCUACUCUCACAAUCAAAAGCUCUCGAAACUGUCCGUGCUGAGGAUCGCCUGCAGUUACAUCAUGACGCUGGGCAAGAUAGUCAACACUCCCGAAGGAGAGGCAACGAACAGCGCGCCGUUGGGGGCAUGCGUGGAUCUCGUAUCGAGAACAAUUCAAACGGAGGGCAAGCUUCGAAAGAGGAAGGAAGACUGAAACCAUCCGCCCACGCGGUCGGGAGAUAAUCGCCCGACAACUGCAACGUACAAAUUAACGCGCACCGCCGACGCUGUCGCGGGCAGUAUCCUCUAAAGGCCCGUGUUCACGUGACAUUAAAGCCAUGGGUUAGGCAAUUCGAAGUCACGACAGUACGACUGUAUAUUUUGUCGUCGUUUCGAGGCUGGUCCCUAUCGCAGCAUUCGUCCUUAGAGUUGUGCUGAAAUACAAAUAAAUUGGGAAAUAUAAUUGGGUUACAUUGUAAUUCGCGUUACUUAAGUAAUGGGGUUACUUUGGAAAUGUCAGGAAACGUUUUGAACGUCCCGUGAACACGCAACUUAAUUCACCGGUCCUCGACAACCGAUUCGAUAGUUUAUCCUCGAAUUCCUACGAGUUCCAAACUCGAUCCGCUCUACUCCGUAAUAACCAGCGCUUCUGCGAUUAAUAACAGUACUGUAUCAAGUCCCGCGCUCACGUUCCAGACUGUGUAAGUUUUCCAGGAGAAAUCAGUUUCGACGCAGCUACUAUGUACGAAAGCUAUAGGAAGAAAACAGGAAACAUUAAAAAUACUUAUUUUCAUAUCGGUGUAAGCGAUCGUUUCCUCGGUUCGGGAAAUUUUUCUUUUGCAGAUUUCGCAUAUGUAUAUAUAAAUCAAUAUUUUUAAAAACUUGACUUACACAACCACGGCCAUUCAACUAAAAUACGAACCCUGUUUUCUGUCGGUAGUCGUAUCGUUCAGCAAAUCGAGGAUUGUAGAGCUCGCGAACGUUACAAAUGAAUGUAUGUAUGCAUGUGUGUUAUGUAUGCAAGCGUGUAUGUACGAAUCGGACUGCUUCGAUUCGCGCAUCUAUUGUUCACGAUGCGCGGCCAAGUGUAUCCUUCUACGCUGUAAAACGAUUUUGAAGCCAUACGCGCCCAUUUCCAUCAAAGUUCGAUGAAAUAAAACGAGAUGAAGAACGUAAAGAUGUUGUAGGUGUGUUACUGAUAACGAUAAACCUUCCCCACGUCCACGUUAAAACUGCAUGAUUCUAUCCUAAUCCAUCUGUCGGCAGUUACAACCGGUUGCCGCUAGAUUCGUCGAGUACAACCUCAACCUGCGCAAAAUCACUCUCGUUAUCAGUACCGCGACAGAGAAACGCCUAAUACACACCUCGUAAGACAGAAAUACAUAGAUCCUUGGAUAUGAUAUUUUUAAUUAACCAUCAUUAAAUUGAACCGAUACCCAAUCUUUCUUCUUGCCACUAGGCUGUGGAGCAGGUGUCUUCGCCUUCGAGUCGCGUUAAUGAUAGCCGUGAGCUUCGAAUGUGGAAAUAAGAAGAUAAAAAAAAAAUGAUUCGUGAAAGUAACGAUUUUGUUUCCUUCCUUCCGGGCUUAAACCAUUGCCGUCAUUCCUACCAGUUUGCUCGCUCGUCCACCGUCCGUCCCGAGAGUAUUCGUGCAGCAGGUGGCAAUGACGUCGACUCGCGACGAGCUACCUUCUCGAAAACCGGCCUCGGAUGCUUGGCCAUCGGUUUGGUCAGCUUCGCCAUGUUUCUCCGCGUCUCGUUAAAUUUCAUCGCGUCUCGCGACGAUGUUUGAUUCUCCUGAAAUUAAUCACUUUAAUUUAGAAACAGUAGCGCAAUGGAUAUUUCUUAUAAUUCACAUUAGUGUCUAGCAAAGACAUGAUAUACAAAAAUAAAGUUCCUUUACACUCUAUCUGUGU